AUGUUGUCGAGAGUUUGUGUGGUUCGUGGAAAUGCGGCUGCUUUGCUGCAGAAUUCACUGCGGAUGGCAUCUGCGAAAAUCCGUAAGGAACGAGACACUUUCGGUGAACUCGAGGUACCCGCAGACCGAUACUAUGGCGCACAAACAGCACGGUUUUAUAUGCAAUAUACACUGGAAUCUGAUCUUAUUAUCCUUCUGAUGUUAUUCGGUGCUGAUGGCAAGGUCCAAGAUGAACUUCAAAAUUGGAGGCCCUGA